CACGCUCGCUGCGCAUAGAGACGUGCGCGCAUCUCGCGCAACACACGCAAUAGUAAUAUAUAUAGAUAUAUAUAUUUUGAAAGUAGUUCGCUAACUGUGAAUCGCAUUUAAUUUUUCCCAGUGAACAAAACUUUGCCGUAAUGCGUUACGGGGCGGCGCUCACGCUGCUUCUGACAGUGUGGUGCGGUGGUGCGCGUGCGCAGGGUCGUUAUUAUGGCAAGGAUCUCGGCGCACUGUCCGAGCUGCAUCAUGGUGUGCGGGGCCGCGUGUAUGCAGUAGACUCACGGACGCUCUUCAUUAAAGAUUUCAACUAUGACGGCGAGGGGCCAUCUGCAUACUUCUACGUGGGCACUGCGAAGACACCGUCGAACGUGGGGGCGCUGCGUUUGCGAGACGAACGUGGGGGUAGCAGUCCGCUGAGAAGAUACCGGGGCGAGGGUGUCACGCUUUCCCUACCCGAUGGCAAGACUCUACGAGACUUCAAGUGGUUCUCAGUGUAUUGCGAUGAGUACUCGGUAAACUUCGGUGACGUGUCGAUACCUCGUGAACUUGAUUACCCGAAGCCAGCUAAGGUGGGCGCUCUCCGAGGUGUCCAUGGUGUCUCCUCGGACCCAGUGGUGGUUGUCGAUGCUCAGACUCUACUCGUGCCCAACUUCUCAUAUGAUGGAGAGGCUCCAGAUGCUAAGUUUUGGGUUGGCCGUGGCGAUAAACCCUCGCCUCAGGGUAUUCGUAUACCGGACGAGAACGGCAAGGAGGCGCCCCUUCGCAAGUACGACGGUAAAACCAUCGUCUUGACGCUGCCCGGGGAGCUGACGGUCUUCGACAUCGGCCAUUUUGCAGUAUGGUGCGAGGCUUUCACAGUAAACUUCGGCCAUGUAACUCUACCGCAUUCAGCACUUGCCAACGUACCGCCCAGCCUCAAAAUGCUUGGUGUCUCUCCACAGUCAAAAUUGAAUUGCGAGGUGUUAUACGACGAGCUAGCUUUCGAAGUGAGGUGGGCAGUGGCUGGCGACAGCAUCGUAUUACAAUUGGUUGCCAAACUUGAGGAUGGCGAGUACAUGUCGUUCGGUAUCUCUGGGAACCCGAAACGUUCUCAGAUGAUUGGUGGUGACGUAGCAGUAGCGUGGAUUAACAUGACAACAUUUAAAGGAGAAUCCAAAGAUUAUUAUCUGGAAGGGAAGAGCCAAUGUGCAGGACAACAUGGCGCCUGUCCCGAUGAGAAAUUUGGUGGGGAAUCGACGAAUUCAAUCCGUCUACUGAACGCUGCCCUUGUGAAUGGAUAUUCCAUAGUGACGUACCAGCGAAGUCUUCGUGCCGCCGAUUAUCUUGAUCUGCCAGUGUUGACCAACGCCAGCCAGCCAGUCAUUUGGGCGUUGGGUCCUCUUAACUCUCACAACGAAGUUUCCUAUCAUCAUCACUAUAAUAAGGAUGACAAGUUCAUAGAGUUUGGUCGGCCUCCCAUUUGGAACUGUCCCAUGCCUGAAAGCGAGGACGAUGACCGACCAACACCGGUGGCACAGAAACCAAUCAGCAAGCAAGAAGAGCCACCAAGAGCAGUAAUUAAACCGAAUCCAGUGCCAACUCCGAAGCCUGUGCCUCGCUCACAACCAUGGGACAUCCCAGCUAUACAGUGCUACGAGCCACCAGAUGGCGUGUUCUACGCGCAGAUGGGUCCCACGGGUGGAAAACAAGGAUAUUCUGCCAUAACAGGUCAUGUGGGAUGGGGAUUAUCCUGGUACAUCAACGGUCUCCUGAUUCCUGAGAUCAACGUGGUUCGUGGCAAAAAAUACACCUUUGUGGUAGAAGGAGGGUCUAACCCAGAAGUUCCAGCCAGGUACCAUCCGUUCUAUAUCACCAAUGACCCUGUCGGGGGAUAUCUUCACAAGAAUGACAAGGAAAGAGAGGGUAUUGAGAUCUACGCUGGCGUCCGUCGUUCUCGUACUGGAGAGCUCUUGCCUACAGGAGUAGGUCGUGCUUGUAAUUGGACACCAGAUAUUAAUGGACCGGAAGCUGAUGAAUAUCCGAGCUUUGGCGCUUACCAACGAUCUUUGACUCUGGAGUGUGAACCAGGAAACCCUGGCAUUGUGACAUGGACACCAGAUCGUCGUACUCCUGACACUGUCUACUAUCAGUGUUUCACUCACCGACAUCUUGGUUGGAAAAUAAAUGUCCUCGAUGAAUGUGAUGCCGCCGAAGCGGAGGAGAGCCGUGUAGUCGAGCAAUAUGCAGUACCAGAGGGGGACCUGCAGAGUGAGGAAUCUAUUCAGGUACAUAGCCGCGUCCCACCAGACUCAAACUUUUUAGAUCAACGCAAGAAAGUAGAAAAAAUAAUCAAUACGAAAAUAAAUUAUAACGAUUUCAGUAGCAUUAAAGGUGACAGCAGUCUCUCAGGCGAUACCAUCAGAACUGAGGUUGUAAGGAACCAGAUAUACCCAUCUGGACAGGAGUAUGAAUUGCCUAUAUCCAAGGUGCAAAUAAAAGAAGUCAUACAAGCCGUUGAAAGUUUGGAGAGCCAAAUGAAAGAAGAGAUGAGAAAAAACACAUCCCAUUCAACUCCAUCACAGUACCAAGUGCAUGAAGAACUACCUGAAAUGUUUGUACCAGAGUUGCCAAUUAGAGAAGGUGAAGAAUAUAUAAUAGAACCAGGCAAAUUGCCUGAUAACUACAUGUUACCACCAAAUCAAAAGCCACUAACACUACAGUCAGUUUUGCGUCCUAGUGGACCUAAUAGACCAAUGGGAAAUGUGCGACCACCAUAUAGACGACCAGUUCCGCCAGAAAUAAAAUUGCGUAGGCCUCCACCUAUGUUCCAAAAGGGCAAUGGAGCAGGAUAUCCUUUAUCUAUGCCAAAUCCACACGGUCCUCAGGGGAUGCAAAAAAAGCCACUGUCACAUAAGCAUUCUCAUUAUCCUAAUAGUCGAUUGCCACCAAGUAUGAAUAGACCGCAUCAGGCAGCUUUACCUCCAAUGAAAGUCAUGCCACCACUCCAUCAUGAUAAAGUUGGAUUUAGCCAAGGCCCACCUAAGCAAAUACCAAAAUUACCUACAGGAACAGUACAGUCUAUAAUAAUGGGAAAACCAGCCUCCAACAAUCCUACAAAGCCGACACAGUCUCAAAUGUUAAAUUUGGGGCAAACAGACAUAAUAGUAAAUCAUGUAGUUAAAAGCCAAAUCACAUUACCAGGAACUAAUGAUGCAGUAGCGCAGCAUAGUAUUCCACAAGUAUUUUUUAAUAAACCAAGUUCGGGUCAAAUUAUAUUAGGCAAACCAAUGGAUAAUCCACAACCAUUAGAUCAACAAAUGACCCAAACAAAACAUCAAAUUAUCAGAACGCAUCCUACAUCUAUUCCUACAGAAGUUAUUUUAUCUACCACUCACCGUACAAGAGAAGAGAGCAAACCCAAAUUACAUAUACAGGAUGAAAUAAAAUCGUCAGAUUUCAUAGGAGAGUCAGUUCCUAAUUCAUCUACUCUAAAGCCAGCUGUAAACACUGGGUUUAAAGUAGACUCAAUAGUCAUUGAAAGCGGAUUCAAACCAAUAAUUCGAGAACCUUUAAUGGCAGCUGAAGAUAGAAUAACUGAUGGAGAUGAAACUAAUAAUACUAAUAGACGAGAGGAUACUGAUGUAGAAGAGGAUUACAAUGAAUCACCACAAUAUAUAAAUCAUGCAUAUCCUAGUGAGAAACAAACAGAAUCUUUUGAACCAAUGUUUAUACCAUCACCACCAGAUCAUCUAUUAUCAACUAAUGAUAGAACAAAAGAGAUUUUUCCUAAGAAUCAUGCAAAAGAAGAUAGACCACAUCCAGUAUAUGUUAAAUCAGAUGAACAAUUGAACGCUUUAUUCAGUAAAACUAAUCUGGAAAGAGAUGUACCUUCUGAUAUGGUAAUGGAGUCAGAUAGAAUUAGUCCGUAUUAUUUACCACCUGACCCUAAAAUAAAUAAAGAACAAUCUCAGAAAUUGACAACCAAAGACGAGCAAUUGAAUUACUAUACUACGUACGAUGGAAAAAAUAUUACUAAGUCAUCGAUAUCCACUGUACCAGAAAUAAAAACUACAACUAAAUUAUUUUCUUCCAAACUACCCGCUAAUCCUGAAUUACUAUUGAAAACUCCUCAGUAUGGACCAUUUAUUGGUGAACUUCCACCGUUAGUAUCUGGAGCUCCUCCCAUCGGAGAGUUAACGAAAGACCAAUUGCCAGAUAAUAAUGACUCUCGAACAACACAUUUGAAACUAGUUAAUGCUUUUCAAGAUUCUGAAGACUUAGACUUAGAAGAGAUAUUAAGUGCAAAGGCUAGCAAACACUAUGACGUAAUAAAAGAAGCAGAAUCAAAAAAUAUUGAGGAUAAUAAUGAGGAAAAUAAUGAGUCAGAUGAUGAGUACGAAGAGGACGAGGAGGAGGAAGAACAAAAGGAUACAAAUGUAAGAGAUAAGAGAGACACGAAGACUACACAAUUUGAAAGAGGCGAGAUUCAGGAACAGAUACACACAAACGGGCACAGCGUAGUUGGUAGUCAGGUGGAUUUCGAAUCACAACAAACAAUUAAGUCCUCAAGUACGUCAUUAUCAUUUACAUCUCAUUUGAUAUUACUAAUGCUAUGUCUAAAAAUGUUCUGAAUGUAAAUGAAAUUUAUUUAUUUAUUGGUUAAAUUAUUUAAGCCUUGCCAUGAUCGCAUUUCGUGUCAAACAGUAUUUGGGGUAAAGGCUAUGGGACUAGCUAGGAUUCUCGUCUCCUGUUCUAUCGGUAAUGAAGACGUCUAUAUAUCUCAACCACCUGUUACCACUUUAUUACGCGUGUAAUGCAAUUCAAUACUCCUUUAGAUGUAAAGAUUUUUGUAAAUAUUUUUAUUACUAAACAAUAAAUUAGUUUUAAUGUUAA